AUGACUACGACCGAGUUUCCCCCGUUCGUCAACGGCGCCAGCUCUGGCGCCGACCUGGUGAACAAUGCCGUUACCAAUGCCAGCGCCAAGUCCAAGGCCAUUACGGUCGACACCGCGUUUGUCAAUGGCGCUGAGAAGAAGCCUGUGAUCGACGCCGGACUGAGGAGUCUUGAUCAUUACAAGCGCGCUCUCCCGAAAUGGCGAUACGACAUGCGACAGCGCGCAUUGCCCCUGGUCAGAUGGGAGACACCCUACCUGGCAUGGCUACAGGCCAAAUUGCGCUUUCCGGCGCUCGAUAGCUACUUUGCCAUCACGGCGAACCUCGGCACGCAUACAUUCUUCAUGAUAUUCUUGCCGAUAAUGUUCUGGUGCGGGAAUGCUUCUUUCGGCAAAGGACUCGUACACAUCCUCGCCAUUGGCGUCUUCCUUUCCGGCUUCAUCAAGGACUUCUUCUCCUUGCCGCGGCCCCUAUCCCCGCCAUUGCACCGAAUCACAAUGUCCGGCUCGGUCGCCCUCGAAUAUGGCUUCCCCUCGACGCACUCGGCGAACGCUGUGUCCGUCGCUGUCUACGGGAUUCUAUGUCUGCGGUCGCCAGAUAAUGCCUUUCAGCCCAGCACGAAACUUGCGCUCGAAGCGCUGGCCUACUUCUAUACUAUCAGCAUCAUAUUCGGCCGUCUGUACUGUGGCAUGCACGGCUUCGUAGAUGUUAUUUCAGGAUCGAUUUUGGGGGCCGUCAUCUCUCUCAUCGAAUUCUACUAUGGGUCGGCUUUGGAGCUGUACCUAGACGGCAGCGGCUGGACGGGUAUCGUUGCUAUCGUGCUGCUAAUCAUUGUUCUGGUGAGGGUGCACCCCGAGCCUGCGGAUGACUGCCCCUGUUUCGAUGACAGUGUCGCCUUUGCUGGGGUCAUGAUUGGUCUAGAGCUUGGAACCUGGCAUUUCGGACGUUCGACUUUCUCGGCUAUUCCCUUCGAUCUCCAUGCGCUGGGAUGGGCGGCUGUCGUUCUGCGGAUUUUAUUCGGUGUUUUCAUGAUCUUCGUCUGGCGUGAGUUGGCCAAGCCGUCGCUGCUUGAAGGGCUGCCGCACUUGUUCCGCCUCAUCGAAACAUGGGGCCUCGACUUGCCGCGGCGUUUCUUCAUGCCCGCAUCCGAGUACAAGAACAUCCCGCCGAGAUUAAAAGUCGACAAUGUGAUGCCCAGCAUGAGUGACCUGCCGGGGCUGAUCACAGCCGUCCGCCACCCUGGACGCGGUAGGUCCGUGUCCAUCGGCCCGCAGAGCGCGGCAGACGCGUACGAGACGCUCGCAUACCGCGAGCGGCGGCGCAAGGAGAGCAUUGGCGACAAUGGUAACAAGAACAGCAUUCAGGAGCUCGCCGGCCCGGACCAGUCGGGCUGCAGUUCGGCCGUCAGCCCGGCGCAGGGGAGACCCAGCGACUACGAGAAGAUGAUGGGCGAGGGCACGGUCUUCGUCUCCCCCGUCAACUCGAAGGGUGACGACGGCGAGCCGGAGAUGUACAUCGGCAGCCAGGAUGAGCUCGGUGAGAAGGAGGUGUUUUCUAAACUGACCAAGCCUCGCGUCCGUUAUGAUGUCGAGGUCGUGGCUAAGUUGGUCGUUUAUGCUGGCAUCGGAUGGAUAGCUGUAGAAGGCGUACCCAUUCUAUUCGAGUUCAUUCCUGGCCUUGGCGCCGGCCAUCUCCAGCUGAGAUGA